AGUGUUGCCACAGUGACACGUAUUAAAUUACGUUGCCGUUUACUGGUGCUGGACUUUAGACAGGUGGAGCAGGUGAGUGUACAGAAAACACUCUUCUUCCUGGAACGACGCAUACCCACUUCAGACAUGGCUAAAUUCUUCACACCAGUUCAAAUCAAUGAGUGUAAAGAGUGCUUCUCCUUGUAUGACAAAAAGCAAAAAGGUAAAAUUGAUUCAAGGGAUCUGAUAACAGUUAUGCGCUGCCUGGGUACCAGCCCAACAUACAGCGAAGUGGAACGACAUCUACAGGUUCAUAAAAUCGAAAAGACGGGUGAGGUAGACUUCUCUACGUUCCUGACGAUGAUGCACAGACAGAAGCAGCAGGAGGAUCCCAAGAAUGAAAUCCUUGAGGCGUUUAGGAUGACAGACAAGCAGAAGAAAGGUUACAUCCAGGCGUCUGAGCUACGCACCAAACUCACCAUGUUAGGAGAGAAACUCACCAACAAAGAAGUGGAUGACCUCUUCAAAGAGGCAAACGUCAAGUCAAAUGGAAUAAUCAACUAUGAGGAGUUUACCCAGAUGGUGACCCUGCCACCAGUCGAUUACUGAUCAUCGAGGUUAAAUCCAAACACCUUCAAACCUCACAAGUGACCAAUGAAUACGGGACUUCACUGAACCUGUCUGCAGUGUGUCAAAGCUAUAGACCGAGGCGGACAGCCUAAUAUCAGAAUGUGAAGUAUUUGCUUGUUGAUUACCUUUAUUAUUUAAUAAAUGUAUACAUUAUUCAACGGUAUAAUGUGAUGAAAUCA